UUUAAUUUAUAGCUGUUCGCAACUCAUAGCUGUUCAACAUUUCAGGAAGAAAAGACAGGAAAGAAGAACCCCAACUUUUGGCACAAAUGGCAUCAGAGAGCCAAGCAAAGGCAAACAUGAACGGAAAGCUUGAAGAGAUGGCUGAAAGAAACAAUGCUUCUCAAGAUGAAAAGAAAAGUAAAGAAAAGCCAAGCAAAGAGAAGCCUAAGAAGGUCAGCCCAUUUACGAUGUUUCGUUACGCUGACUGCUUGGAUAAGUUGCUGAUGAUAUUAGGCACCAUCAUGUCAGCCCUUCAUGGAGCCUCCCUUCCUCUCAUGAUGAUUGUUUUCGGAGGCAUGACAGACAGCUUUGUUAAUUCAGCAAAAGAUUUCCCUAUGGGUAAUAUAUCUUCAGAUAAUAUAUCUUUCCCUAUUAUUUCUCGGAAUAACGAAAGCCUGCAAGAGCAAAUGACAAGACAUGCAUACUAUUACUCAGGAAUAGGAGCUGCUGUCCUUAUUGCUGCCUAUGCUCACAUUGCAUGCUGGACAGUGGCAGCCGGCCGCCAGGUCAAGAGAAUUAGGCAACGCUUUUUCCAUGCUGUCAUGCGGCAAGAAAUUGGAUGGUUCGAUGUAAAUGAUGUUGGGGAAUUGAAUACUCGUCUUAUAGAUGAUGUCUCCAAGAUCAACGAAGGAAUUGGUGACAAAAUGGCAAUGCUGAUUCAGGGAGUAGCUACGUUUCUAACAGGAUUCAUAGUCGGGUUUGCUAAAGGAUGGAAAUUGACUCUUGUAAUACUUGCGGUCAGUCCUGUUCUGGGGCUCUCAGCUGCACUCUGGGCAAAGGUCCUUACUGCUUUCACCAACAAGGAACUUGCUGCAUAUGCAAAAGCUGGAUCUGUUGCUGAGGAGGUUCUCUCAUCAAUUAAGACAGUGAUGGCUUUUGGAGGACAGAAGAAAGAAAUUGAGAGAUACCAUAAAAAUUUAGAAGAUGCUAAAAGAAUUGGAAUUAAAAAGGCUGUGACUGCCAAUAUGUCCAUGGGGAUUGCUUUCUUAUUAAUAUAUGCUGCAUAUGCCUUGGCUUUCUGGUAUGGAACUACCUUGAUAUUGGAUGAAGGUUACACCAUUGGGGAAGUCCUGACAGUCUUCUUCGCUGUUCUGAUUGGCGCCUUUUGCAUCGGUCAGGUGACUCCAAACCUAGAAGCGUUUGCUAUUGCAAGGGGAGCAGCUUAUGCAAUAUUCAACAUCAUAGACAAUGAACCUAAAAUUGACAGUUAUUCGCCAGCUGGCUACAAACCCGACCAAAUUAAAGGAAAUCUGGCUUUCCAAAAUGUGCAUUUCAAAUAUCCCUCAAGGCCAGAUGUUCAGGUGUUAAAAGGCUUGAAUCUGAAAGUUAACAGUGGACAGACAGUGGCCUUGGUAGGCAGUAGCGGUUGUGGGAAAAGUACGACUGUUCAACUGAUCCAGAGGUUUUAUGAUCCUCUUGAAGGCAUGAUUACCAUUGAUGAUCAGGAUAUCAAGACCCUGAAUUUAAGAUACCUGAGGGAGAUUAUAGGUGUGGUGAACCAGGAGCCUGUGUUAUUCCAUACCACGAUUGCAGAAAACAUUCGAUACGGCCGUGCAGACGUCACCAUGGAAGAGAUUGAAAAAGCUGCCAAGGAAGCCAAUGCUUAUGACUUCAUCAUGAAACUGCCCAAUACGUUUCACACUAUGGUUGGAGAAAGAGGAGCCCAGCUAAGUGGAGGACAGAAGCAAAGGAUAGCAAUUGCCCGUGCUCUUGUCCGGAACCCCAAGAUCCUGUUGCUGGAUGAGGCAACAUCAGCUUUGGAUACCGAAAGCGAAGCUGUGGUUCAGGCAGCACUGGACAAGGCAAGGGAAGGUCGCACAACUAUUGUAAUCGCUCAUCGGUUAUCUACAGUCCGCAACGCAGACCUCAUAGCUGCUUUUGAAGAUGGCUCCAUCACAGAGCAAGGGACACAUAAUGAGCUCAUAGCAAAGAAAGGAGUUUAUUUCAAACUUGUUAAUAUGCAGUCAAUUGAUACUGAGGUUCAUUCAGAUGAAAAUGAGCUCAUUGAUGGAAAAGGCAUGUCAAAAGAGGCAUUAAAAGACUUCUUGGCAAAUGGAGUGCGAAGGCGUUCAACCCGCAAGAGCUUGAAAAGGCCAGAAGAGCAGGACAAAGACCUUGAGGUCCAAACUAUUCAACCUAAUGAAAAUUUGCCCUCAGUUUCAUUUGUGAAGAUCAUGAAGUUGAAUGUGUCCGAAUGGCCUUACUUUUUGGUGGGAACAUUUUCUGCACUCAUCAAUGGAGCGCUGCAGCCUGCAUUUUCAGUCAUAUUCUCUGAAAUCAUAGGGAUUUUUGCACUGAAUGAGCCACACGUAGUACGAGAAAAGAGCAAUAUGUAUUCAUUGCUAUUCUUAGGCCUUGGGGCUAUAUCCUUUGUAACAUAUUUCCUUCAGGGUUUCACCUUUGGCAGAGCUGGAGAGAUCCUUACAAUGAAGAUUCGCUACAUGGGAUUCCAAGCAAUGCUUAGACAGGAUGUUGCUUGGUUUGAUGACCCUAAAAACAAUACUGGAGCGUUGACUACAAGACUUGCUCUUGAUGCUUCUGAAGUAAAAGGUGCUACAGGGGCCAGGCUAGGUAUGCUUGCCCAAAACAUUGCUAACCUUGGGACAGGAAUAAUUAUAUCAUUGGUGUAUGGCUGGCAGCUGACCCUUGUCAUCUUGGCUGUUGUGCCGCUUGUUGCCAUUGGAGGACUCAUUGAAAUGAGAAUGUUGGCUGGACAUGCCAGGAAAGAUAAGAAGGAACUUGAAGGCGCAGGGAAGAUUGCAACAGAAGCAAUAGGGAAUAUCCGAACAGUUGUUUCCCUUACUCAGGAAAUAAGAUUUGAACAAAUGUAUGGAGAAAAUCUGCAAGGACCAUACAGGAAUUCCUUAAGGAAAGCGCAUAUCCACGGACUAACUUACGGCGUUUCCCAAGGCAUUAUGUACUUCACCUACGCUGCUUGUUUUCGAUUUGGUGCCUUCCUUGUGGAAGAGACAGGCAUGCAAUUUAAGGACGUUUUCUUGGUAUUCUCAUGCAUUGUCUUUGGUGCCAUGGCGCUAGGACAGACAGCUUCAUUUACACCAGACUAUGCCAAAGCGAAGAUAUCUGCAGCUCACAUGUUCCAGCUGUUUGAGACUGUACCCUUAAUAGACAAUUACAGUGUUGAAGGACACAAGCCUGACGACUUUAGCGGCAAUGUCGCAUUUAAGCAAGUAGCCUUCAAGUAUCCUACCCGGCCUGAUGUCUCGGUACUCGAAGGACUGAGUGUGGCAGUAGAGAAGGGGCAGACCUUGGCUCUCGUCGGAAGCAGCGGCUGUGGAAAGAGCACUCUGGUCCAGUUGCUCGAAAGAUUCUAUGACCCCCUCAGUGGAGAAGUGCUACUGGAUGGCAACGGUGCAACGCAGUUAAAUGUCCAGUGGCUGCGAUCCCAGAUUGGAAUCGUCUCCCAAGAACCAGUCCUGUUUGACUGCACUAUUGCAGAGAACAUUGCGUAUGGAGAUAACAGCAGAAAGGUGUCCUUUGAUGAGAUCGUUGAAGUAGCCAAAGCAGCAAACAUCCAUGCCUUCAUUGAUAGCUUACCAGAUAAAUACAACACUCCUGUAGGUGACAAAGGGACUCAGCUCUCUGGGGGUCAAAAACAACGCAUUGCUAUUGCUCGUGCUCUCAUCCGCCAGCCAAGAAUUCUGCUACUGGAUGAAGCAACCUCUGCACUUGAUACUGAAAGUGAAAAGGUUGUCCAAGAGGCUCUGGAUAAAGCCAGACAAGGCCGCACCUGCAUUGUAAUAGCUCACCGCUUAUCGACAGUGCAGAACGCGGACAGUAUAGCAGUGAUCCAGAACGGGAAAGUCAAAGAACAAGGAACACAUCAACAGCUACUGGCUGCAAAAGGAAUCUAUUACGCUCUAGUCAAUGUUCAGGCAGGAACGGCCCCUGCAUAAAUUAAAACAAAAGCAAAAUAUUGCUAAAGCCGAAUUCACUUCUUGAGACAGCGAUUGCAAGAGGCACUGCUUGUACUAUCACCAUAUUAAACAAAAUAAACCAGUAUUGGUGAAUGGGCUGAAUUGCAGCAAGGCUUCUCAAAGCGAAGCUUUUCCUAUCUUGAUCCAUUUUCUACAGCAGCGUGUGCUUACCUUUUGUUCUCAGCUGUCUAGACUCUAGAGAGAGACACGUUCGCUGUACUUUCUCAAAAGUUACAAGGACUUUGCUUAAAAAUACACACACCUGAAAGUGAAAGAACAAGAGACAAAUCCCUCCCCCUUCCUU